AUGGUUUCGUGUUACAGAACGCGACCGUCUUCUUGGCCUUCGGCAAGGUCGGUUGAUCGGGCAACUGCUUCGCACUUCCUCAAUAUUACCAAUAUGUCUCUAAAUCCAUAUCCAGUAUACAAGAUCAAAUCGCAUAUGGCCCUUCCAGACCCCCAUAUGCCGCCCGGUCGCUUUCACCAUGCUCUAUUCGUCGAAACCAGCAAAGACGGCUCUGGCACGCUCUACCACGUCACUGGCGACGUCACAUCAGCAAACGGAAUGGCCUACGAGAGUAGAGAGUCACCUGAUCCCGCGCAACUGGAAGCCUUCCAUUCUAAAGAACUGCUGGGCUAUACCGGUUCCGACGUCCAUCCAGGGCAGUGGAGUUCGGUUCUCGCUUCAAUGCCAACUCCACCUCAGCAAAAAGCGUCAAACCCGAAGAGCCAGGGCCGUGUCGAGCCUUUCAAGGAGAAAGUUGGCGAUUAUGAGUAUAUAUUUUAUGGUGCUGGGGAAGAGCAGAAGCCUCUUUGGAAGUGUACGGAAUGGGUUGAGUGGUACGCUAUUCCUGCCCUUUGGAAACACGACCUUAUUUGGACCGGUAGUCAGUGACUACCCUAUAACUCUGUCUCAAUUGAUGUCGGUUAUCUGAAGCCCUGGAGAUAGAUAGCUUGCCUCUCACUUCCUGAACUCCCCACCGAACGAAACAUACCUCGACUCAAAUUUCGUAAAAUAUUACUUCCAAGAAAUCGACAAGGAUUCCCCGACAAAACUCUCGAUCUACCAACAAUUAACAUGCCAAGU